AUCAGCGCCAGGCCCGCCCUCUAUCGAUAGCGGUGCAACCUACUCGAGGCGAAAAAAGUUGGGGGAAGCCGAACCUGGGUCAGGAUGCUCAAUCCCCAGAAGGCAUAAGCUUGACAUCAAGCUUGCAGUUCCCGCCAACCUCUGCAAAGGCACACUGAAGCCAUGAAGAUCAAGGCGCUCAGUCGGUCCGUAGAGGCCUACCAGCCUGCUGGUUCCAGUGUUCCAAAGGCGCCCCGAAACCUCGAUCCUGCGAUACACCCGUUCGAACGAGCCCGCGAAUACACGCGUGCCCUUAAUGCCGUCAAGCUUGAGCGCAUGCACGCACAGCCUUUCAUAGGCCAACUCGGAAACGGUCAUGUCGAUGGCGUGUACUCUCUUGCCAAAGACCCGAAUUCGCUGGAGCGUUUUGCAAGCGGAAGCGGUGAUGGAAUUGUCAAAGUCUGGGAUUUGACGAGUCGCGAAGAGAUCUGGCAUGGCACUGCCCACGAGAACGUUGUCAAGUCCAUGACCUGGAGCAGGGAUCAGAAACUCCUGACCUGUGCUGCCGAUCGAUCUAUCAAGCUCUUUGAUCCAUACAACACCCGAAGCGAGUCGACCCCUCUCAACACGUGGCUCGGCACAAACGCUUUCACAUCGCUUUCUCACCACCGGUCUCGGAACGCCUUCGCGGCUGCGUCUGGUGUCAUCUCCAUCUACGACCUCGACAAUUACUCGGCAGCUCCAGAGAUCCUCAAAUGGCCCUCGGCUGUAGACACCAUUACCUCUGUGCAAUUCAACCAGACCGAGACCUCCGUUCUGGCAUCUUGCGCCACCGACCGUAGUGUAAUCCUCUACGAUCUGAGGACUGGGUCGCCUGUAGCCAAGACCGUCCUCAAGUUCGCCUCGAACGCCAUCGCCUUCAACCCGAUGGAGACUUUCAACAUGGCUACCGCCAGCGAAGACCACAACGUCUACAUUUGGGACAUUCGCAAGUUUGACCGGGCACUGCAGAUUCUCAAGGAUCAUGUAGCUGCCGUUAUGGAUGUCGAGUUCUCGCCCACCGGAGAGGAGCUGGUGACGGCAUCGUAUGACCGGACAGUCCGACUAUGGAGCAGGAGCAAGGGUCACUCUAGAGACGUCUAUCAUACCAAGCGCAUGCAACGCGUGUUCUGCGCACGCUGGACGCCGGACUCGAAGUACCUGCUAUCUGGCUCUGAUGACGGCAACGUGCGGUUGUGGAGGGCGAAUGCCUCUCAGCGGGAAGGUGUCAAGUCUGCGAAGCAGCGCCAAGCCCUCGAGUACAGCGACACCCUGCUCAACAGAUACAGCCACAUGCCGGAGAUUCGCCGCAUCCGCCGUCAUAGGCAUGUUCCCAAGGUUGUGAAGAAGGCGAACGAGAUCAAGGGCGAGGAGCUCAAGGCGAUCAAGAGACGUGAGGAGAACGAGCGGAAGCACAGCAAGCGGAAGUUUGAGCAGCGGCGCAGCGAGCGCGACAAGGUCAUUCUAGCGCAUGAGAAGUAACGGACAUUGCCAGACAUUGUUUGCAUUGGCGCGGCGUUUCUUGUUUUCAUCAGACAUACUUUUGGGGAAGGGAUACCAGGCGUUCCAGGUCGACUGCUCCUGACUGUUAGCAUUGCAAAAGAGAAAAUGGAAUCGCUUUUGUUCUCGAUACACGUGCAUUCCUCGAAUGAUCUCGACUAGACCCAAAAAGUAGCUCGUUUUUCC